AACUCGUUCACGGUUUUGUAAAUUUGUACAGCUCUCCCGAGAAGGCAUAAGGCUUCUGUUUUAUUCAGCUCUUGCGUUGAAGAACCCUGCAGAAUGAACGAUGAAGAUACAGAGGAACAAACAGAGUCGAUGGGACUGAAAGAAGACAAGCAGCAUCAGUUUGAAAAACCUCAACAUUUUAAAAAUGAAGAUGGAAAUGCAGUCAUUUCACAGACUGAACAGAAUUUCACACAAAAACAAGCUGGAAAAACUGGAGCCAGAGGAUCUUUCACAUGCACUCAGUGUGGGAAGAGUUUCAGCCGUACAUCAAACCUUAAGAGACACGUGAGAUUUCACACUGGAGAGAGGCCUUUUACAUGCACUCAGUGUGGAAAGAGUUUCUUUGUCAAACAAGAACUUAAUGUGCACAUGAGAAUUCACACUGGAGAAAGACCGUUCACAUGCACUCAGUGUGCACUCAGUUUUAAAUCUAAAAGUGUCCUGAAAAAACAUCAGCUCUCUCACACUGGAGUGAGAUCAUUCAGCUGUGAUCAGUGUGAUAAAACAUUUGUUUUCGCAUCAUACUUAAAAGAACAUCUUAAACUUCAUGCUGGUGUAAAGCGUCACUUUUGCACUUUUUGUGGAAAGAGUUUUACACAACCGUACAGUUUACAAGUUCAUCAGAUUAUUCAUACUGGUGUGAGACCUCAUGUGUGCUUUGACUGCGGAAAGACCUUUCUUACAUCUAGUGACUUAAAAAAACACCAGAGGAUUCACACUGGAGAGAAACCGUACAAGUGCUCACACUGUGACAAGAGUUUCACUGAUUCAUCAACCUUGAAAACCCAUGAGAGAAUUCACACUGGAGAAAAGCCGUACCAGUGCUCUUCAUGUGGGAAGGAUUUCACUCGCUCAUUUACUCUAAUUAAACAUAAGAUAAAGCAUUGCCCACAGUUGUCUAAGUCACAUUCAGAUCCAUCACUUUCAAGUAAAUAAGUCAAUAUUCAGAUUAAGCAAAAGUUGGAAUUAGUUUAAAUAAUUUAAUCAAAAUUUGGAAUACUUAAGUUUACACGAAGUCAAGGGGUUGCCCAUUGUAUUCAACAUUUUGCCUAAAAAAGCACCAGAUGUUUUUCUAUUUAUAUAUCUAAAGUGAUUCUUCUCGUAAUAUGGACUCUAAAUACACACUAAGAGAAGAUCAAAUUGCUCAGGAAAAGUGAAUCUGUUUUGUGUCUCUGGCAAUUCAGCCAGAGUGUUUUUCAGUGUAGUAGCAGUUAAAUAUGUGUAAAGAUCAUACAUUGUAUGAUUAUUAUACCUUAUAUUUUGACAAAACCGUUUGGUAUAAAUUGUGUUUCUAAGCAGAUUUUCCAUAUGAAGUUAUGAUGAUAAUUUGUUAGUGCCACAGA